AUGCCAAAGAAUAACGCUCUCAUCUCUGACCUCGUUUUGCCUGAAAUUGAGCGUCAAUUGGCGCAGGAUGACUCUCUUUGGCCCAAUGUUAAAGGUUUAUUCAUCAUCACUGUUACGAAAAGAAGAAAGCCAGCAGCAAUAUGGUAUUUGCUUUUGCAAGGAAAUGAGAUUCAGCCUGUAAUUACUUCAGACAAGGCAAAGGCUCAAGAAUCUGCAAAGGGAAAAGUAAAGAAGGUCAAGAUUCAGGUGGAGGAUCAUGAUCUCUUGAACUUUAUUACAGGAGGUUUAACUGGCGUCAAGGCCUAUAUGGCUGGAAGAAUCAAGGUUCGCGGAGAUCUUGUUCUCGCACAAAGACUGGAAGAAGUUUUCGAGAGAGCAGGUGGAAGAGAUCGCGCACUGGAAUUCCUCAAAAACAACGAAGAUUUGAUGGCCUUGGCUAAUAGUAAAUCCAACAGAUUGUAA